AAGGGUCCCUGUGGUCCCUCCGCUCUGACCCCUGUCCCCAGGCCCGCGCGACCAGGCUGCUGUCCCCCGCUCCCACCCACGCCUCCCGGCCAGUCUCCUGUUGGCCUUUGAGUACUCCGCCCCUCGCCCCCGCUACUGACCGUACGUGAGGGGUUACCAGCCCCUCCUCCUCUCCCACCCCUCCUCCUCUCCCACCCCUUUGGCCCCAAGCCCACUGGUCUCCCUGAACCCAGCUCCUGCCCUCCAGAACGCUGUACCAUUGGAUUCCGCCAUUAGCUUCUUGUUGUCCCACAACACACAACCCAGCCUCUUGGGCCCGAUUCUCUGACACCUCUGAUGGCAGCCUUUGCCCCUUCUCCCCUACCUUCGCCUCAGACCCUCUGACUCUUUUAGUCCUUCUCUAUCUCUGACCCGUUAUUUAGCUCCGCUGUGAGUCCCUGUUCUUGAGCACCUUGUCCUUGUUCUUUCUAAGCUCCUCUCUCCACUUCUUCCCCUCACUUCUCGACCCUGAACUUUGGUCCCUUGGACGACAUUCUAGCUUGGCCUCCUCCUUCUAACCCAGGCCCUUUGCCUUCAUCAUCUGUAAUCACCAGCCCCAUCUUCUUGGCUCUUACUUCUUAGACCUGGCCCCUUCUCCACUGUCUCAACAACCCCUUCCACCCAAUCUGCUGUGCCUCUAGGAAGACAAGCUCCAUAGGCCCCUUUCACCCUUAACUUUCUGAAAUAUGGCCUGAAAGUGACUUUAGCUGCACUGUCUUCUCAGUAGGUUGUGGGCUCCCUAUCUCUGCAAGUACCAGCCUUGCUCACCCAUCCUGCAAGUCCUCACUCAAGCCCCAUCUCUUCCACGAAGCUACUCAUCCCUCAUCUUGUCAGGGGACUAUGCCUGUGUCAUCUGAACUCCCUUGGCACUGUUUUAUUUCUUUCUUUCCUUCCUUCCCUCCUUUUUUUGCUCCGAUACUAGUGUAAUGGUUAAAAGCCAUUGGCUUUGGAGUGAUGGGCAUAGGCCUCAGUUCUGCCACUUAUUUGCUGUGUGCCCUUGGGAACCUGAAGGAGCCUAUGCAGCUUAGCGAAUAUUUACUGAUGUUUGUGUAAAGCAUCCUCUCUGCUGGGCACUGUAUGUAUUUGGUUUUUUGGGGGGGUGGGCAGUUAGUGUGGUUUGUACAUCUGUGUCCAUGUGUAUUUGGUAUGUGAGUGUGUGGCUUUGUGGUUUGAGAGUAUGGCUGUAUAUGUGGGUGGUACAUGAGUGUCUAGUGAUGUAUAUGACUAUAUGUAUGUGGUUGUAUGUAUGUGGUUGGGGUGUGUGUGUGAUGUGAGAAUGUAUGGUUGUAUAUAUGUGACUGUUGUGUGUGUGGUAUGAGAGUAUGGUUGAAUGUGUUUGGUGGUGUGUAUGGCUGUGUGUCAUGUGGGAAGGUGGCUGUGUGUGUGUGUGUGUGUAUGUCUGAGCCUGCAUGUAUGAGUAUGUGUGUGUGUGUGGCUUAGUGUGGUGUAAGUUAGCACAGACUAAGAACAAACACAGCCCAGGCCCCCCAGUAGCUCUUGGAGGUCCAAGAUGUUAACCCUUUUGUUGCUAGAGUAUGGUGAGGUCUAGAGAGGUGUGGGUGGUAGAAAUCUUAAGAGUCAAAGGUAGAUCUUGUAAACAACUAGGAGAACCUCAACAAUUAGAGGUUUUGUUAAGUUCAUUUUGAAAGCAGGCAAAUAGAGGUAUACUUCUUUUUCUCCCCCCUCCCCCAGAUGUAUAGGUUUUUAUGUUUAAUCUUUUCAAAAAGAUUAAGCAUAAAAGGAGUUUUAGUUAAUUUAUAGUUAGGCAGAAAAGUUGAACUCAUCCCAAAAUAGAAGCUCCUUUACUUGCACAUGAAUUAUAGUCUAGAUUGUCAUUUUUUUAGUGGUAUUAAGAAGAGUGAUAUUAUUCAUAUUGCACAAAUAUCACCUAAUGGUGAUAGACAAAGCUGGUGCCUUCUUUUUGUACUGGUGGGUAGCUUUAAAUAUCUGUGAAAGUUUGUCACUUGAAAGUUAGUAAAGGCAUUCUAUUCAAGUAUUCCAGUUGAUUGAGGUUAUUUCUGAUGGAUGGUUCCAUGGAGAAGGUGUAUGCCCUUUUAAACAAAACAAAAGAUUCCCUGUGGUCUGGCCUGACCCGAGGAAUAAAGGUGUUGGCCAUUUGUGUUCAUUCCCAGGGUUCAGAGAUGGGCAGUGAGAAGGAGCAGAGUCCAGAACCACACCUGCCUGAGGAAGGGGAAGGGGGUAAGCCUUGGAGAGUGGAUGACUCAGAGGGUUCUUGUACCCCACCUGGGGAGAAGGAGCAUGGGCAGGAGAGCCUGUUGGAGAGGACACAAGAAACCUAUCCAAAAAAGCCAUGGCAGAAAGUGACUUCCCCAGCUCAAGAACCAGAGGACCUCAUUUUUCACCCAAGGCCUGAGGCAGAGGAGAAGCCCUUUGUAUGUGCCCAGUGUGGCAAAACCUUCAAUAACACCUCCAACCUGAGAACACACCAGCGGAUCCAUACUGGCGAGAAGCCAUACAAGUGUUCUGAAUGUGGCAAGAGCUUCUCAAGAAGCUCCAACCGCAUCCGGCAUGAGCGGAUCCACUUGGAAGAGAAGCACUACAAGUGUCCCAAGUGUCAGGAGAGCUUUCGGCGGCGCUCAGACCUCACCACGCAUCAGCAAGACCACCUGGGCAAGCGGCCGUACCGCUGCGACAUCUGUGGCAAGAGCUUCACCCAGAGUGCCACGUUGGCUGUACAUCACCGGACCCACCUGGAGCCGGCACCCUACAUUUGCUGUGAGUGUGGCAAGAGCUUCAGCAACAGCUCCAGCUUUGGCGUGCACCACCGCACUCACACAGGGGAGAGGCCUUAUGAGUGCGCCGAGUGUGGGCGGACCUUCAGUGACAUAUCCAACUUUGGAGCACACCAAAGGACCCACAGAGGGGAGAAGCCCUACCGGUGCACUCUGUGUGGGAAACACUUCUCCCGCAGCUCGAAUCUCAUCCGCCACCAGAAAACACACGUGGGUGAGCAGACUGGAAAAGAUUCCAGCUGAAGUGGAGCCCCAGGUAGAGAGUGAGGGGGAGAGAGCAAGACACCCCAAUCUAGUAGAGGAAGAAGAUCUUUGGAUUUGCUGCUGCCGCCUUGAUCUCAAACUCUUCCAUCCCACUUUAGAGAAUGGUUUCCUGUUGCCUCUCAAGCCAGGAUCUCCAGGAAUUCCUAAGAAAGGACUCUAAGUGAAAAUCCUUGCCUCUUCCAGGCCAAUUUCUUGCCUUGGAAAGUCAGAGGACCCAGGUUUGGAUUCACCUCUUUGGGAUGAAAGAGAAGUAGGGUAGGCUUAGAACAUGUUCAUGUUGUUAGGGCAGCAGUGCCUGGCCUUUGAAGAAGUACCUGUGAGAUGGGUGUCACUGCCUAAAAUCCUCCAAAUUGUCUAUGAACUGCUUAGGGCACACUGCAGUGGCCAGUUAGUUCCCAUCUGCUGUGCCCCGACUAUGCUUCUAGAUCUCUGGACUGGGAGGAGAAGGGGCCUCUUUGGUCUGGAGAAGAGAUCUGAGGUCCUGCCUUAGGAAUGAAAGGGAAGCCUUCAGGGAGCCAUGAUCCAGGGAUCUUCACACUCCCCAUAUUUGUUACUUGUUUUCCCUCCCCCAGUCUGCCUCUGUUUCCCCCAGAGUGAUUAGUAGUAAAACUCUUCUAUGAAAA